ACACGCAAAGAGUUAGUUCCUACGAGGAGAGUAACUGGAAUAAGUUCUGGAAGAGAUACGGGGUAGAACACUUGUGAUACCAGGAGAUAAGGAAGGUUAUUCCAAAGGAAGAUAAGAGGAUAGGCAGACAAGAGGAAAGGACAAAUCAAGGAAGCUCAUUGUUAAUUGGUGACGAGCGAUGAGUCUCUUGCGUCUGGAGUCACUGUCGAGGCUGCUGCUGUUGGCGGCGCUGCUCCGUGCCUCCGUCUCGGCCCAAGAUGUGAAAGACAUCGAUCAGCUACGGUUGAUGGGGAGCGAGAAUCUUUACGAGGGGAAUGUUCAGGUGGAGUCUGGCGGUGUCUGGGGGUAUGUGUGUGACGACGGCUUCGGCUUCCCUGAGGCAGACGUGGUAUGUAAGCAGCUCGGAUUCGAAAGCGCUCUCUCCUUCACCAGGAAUGACCAGUUCGGAAGUAACGCUGCAGGAGAGAGGCGUCGAGGAGAACAGACGAAGUUCUGGCUGGACGGCUUGAGAUGCGGGAACGUCUCCGACCUCAGGAACUGCAGCUCAAAGCCCCUGGGAAUCCAUGACUGUGUGUCUAGCGAGAUCGCGGGCGUGGUGUGCCGCCGUGCCACCGACGGCAGUGACACGAAUGGCACCUCAGUGUGCUCCGCCGACGAAUUCCGCUGCGAGGACGAUAGCCGCUGCAUCCCGCGCUCCUACGUGUGUGACGACGACCCCGAUUGCGCCGACGCCAGCGAUGACAGAUCGGAGCUGUGCAAGGACGUGGGCGUGGUGAGGUUGGUGGACGGCAACAAGCCCCUCAACGUGCCCGGGAUGGCGGCAGGGAUCGUCUUGGUGAAGCGGCGCGGCGUCUGGGGCACCAUCUGCGACGACGGUCUCAGGGACGCCGACGCCAAGGUGCUGUGCCGCAACCUGGGCUAUACCGGCGGCUGGGCGCUUCCGUUCUACGUGGGCUAUCUUGGCGAGAACAGCGCCUCCAGCGUGCUAUCCAGGCCGGAGUGCGUGGGCGAUGAGCGGUGGGUGGGCGCGUGCCCUGGGGCCGUCUGGAGCGCGGGCAUCUGUAGGACGCAGAAGUUCGAUCUGAGCGUCCUUUGCUCCGAGGGCGGCGUGGACGUGCGGGUGGCCGGGGGGCGGCCGCGGGCGGGCGGGCGGCUCGAGGUGCGGCUGCCGGGCUCCGAUUGGGCCAGCGUGUGCGACGCCGGAUUCGACGACCUCGACGCGCAGGUGGUGUGCCGGACCCUGGGAUACGAAGGCGAAGCUGUGGCCACGCGCGGCGCCGACCCGCCCGGACCCGUGUGGAACGUCGCCCUCGACUGCACGGGCGCCGAGACGCGGUUGCACCAGUGCAGACUUCGGCUCGUGAAUGCCAGAUGCGACACUGCCGCCUUCCUCACCUGCGCGCCCGCCAGACAGAGGACCGACGCCCAGCCACAUUAUGCGCUGCCUUCGGAAUGCGGCCUGGCUGCUGAGAACUCCGACCUGUACAUCGGGAGGCUGGCCAAAGUGCGGGGGGGCGCUGCAGCACGGCGCUUCGGCAACCCGUGGAUGGUGAUUCUGGUCACGCCGAGAGAGAAGCUGAGGUUCGGGAAGGCGCUGUGCGGAGGCGCCAUCAUCACGGAGGACCACGUGCUCACCUCGGCCAACUGCUUCGACUCGUUCGGGAGUCACUCGGUCGUGGUCAGGGCGGGCGACUACAACGUAGACUUUGUCGAGAACGGCUUCGAGGAGGAAUUCGACAUUGACAAGGUCUGGAUUCACGAGCAGUUCAAAGAGCUGUGGGUGAACGACAACAGCAUCGCCCUCGUCAAGAUCCAACGGAAGAACGGGAGAGGUUUCAGAUUCACCGAGCGAGUCAGGCCCAUCUGCCUUCCCAGCGCCGACGAUUCCUACGAGAACCUGGACGCGUGUUCUGUCGCUGGCUUCGGCAGUCGAGGAGAAUCCGAACAACAACCGACGCAGCCCCGCGAGGCGAGCGUCUCCGUCGUGUCGGACGCCUUGUGCGAGGAAAGGUUCGGUGGCUCGGCUCUGUUCUCGUCCACGGAUAUCUGUCUGUCAGACCCUUCCGGCUUCGUAAGCUCUUGUCCGGGCGAUUUAGGUGGGCCCUUGGCCUGCACGGCGAACGGGAGGAAUACCCUGUAUGGCAUCAUAUCGACGUAUUCCAGCUGUUCCUCUCUCCAGACUGGACCCUUCAAGGGUGUGCGGGUGUCCAAGUACAUUCGAUGGAUCUUGGAAAAGAUUGAUCCCACCAGCCGAAGGAACUGAGCCAGCGGGCGGCGGAAGAGCAGCUGGGAUGCAGUACUGGCCUAGGUCUUUACUAGGUCUUAUAGACAUAGAUAUAUACAUGUAUACCUCCACCCUCUGACACAGACACAUUCGCAAAUAGUCCAGCGAGGCAGGUACACUAGAGAGGACAUAAGCUAGUUGGUGGACCAAUGAAUUUACAAUCAGUGUGUGUGUGUGCGUGUGCGUGUGUGUGUGCAUAUUCAUACUGUAUGUAUAUACUCGUAUUUACUCGUUUCGAUUUUAAUGAUUUACGAUGCCCUGUCAGUUCCCUAUGCUCAGAUAUUUUCAAAACAAAUGAAUAAAGAAAAUAAAGCGAAAAUAAUAUCCUUAUUUACCUUGCUGUAAACCUUGUUAUGUAAUCUUAUGGAAGAACAAGAGAAAAUGUGAAAUUAUAAUGAUUUGGGAUUAUAGGGAGGUCAUGGACGCAAAAAUACAUUACCACUUUGAGCAUCCUUUUCAGUAUUCGCACCUGAAAUGUAAGAUAAGAUUUAAAUGCUUACAAAGGCCCAAAGAUGAUUUUUCGAGAAUCCCUAUUAUGAAAAGCAUAUACUCCACCUAUGAGUCUGGCUACACCGCUAUUUACUUCGAUAUAUAUAUAUAUACAUAUAUAUAUAUAUAUAUGCUUGAUUGGGCUUCAUCUUGUUUGUAAUUAGAAUGUUAUUCCAAACUCCUUGUAAAAUUAUUACGGCAUAUUGUGUGGAAAUCAUAAACGCAUAACUUAUUUUUUUUAUAGCCAAACCUCUAAUAUCUCUUGUCAUUUCCAUAAAAUGUAGACACCGAAAUUACUGAACCACCCAAACCUCGAUCGGCAACCAUUCAUCUCCGUGACAGCUGAAGGAAAGCAAACACAUAAUAACUAAUAGCAAAUGAUUUACAAUGCAUCGUAAUUAAUAUCCAGUAUAUUAGACUCAAAAAGCUCUUGGAAAAGUAAAAUGGCAUGUAAGAAUUAGAGUUGCACUAAGUUGCUUCAUUUACAAGCGCCCCAAAACGAUAUCACGGUGAAUAAUGCAACAGACAUCGUGAUUUUAAUGAAGCUCCGAAACGCUCCUAACCCAAACAAGGGUUACUUAAUGGGUGUUCGAGACUUCAAACCAUCUUUGACAUCGUGAUAGUAAUGAAGCUUUGAAACGCUCCUAGUCCAAACAAGGGUUACUUAAUGGGUGUUCGAGACUUCAAACCAUCUUUGACGAGUUAUGCGAGGGAAUCGAUCGCGAAACAUAUGGCCAAAAAUGCAAUACAGUUGUUUGGCUUAUCGAGUUCUCGGCCCUGGAGUCGGUGGGAUUCUGCUCAUGAUAGUCAUGAUUUUUAGAUUAUCUUUAGAACAUCGUUAAAUGCAUAGCUUUUGAUAAUUCAUUUGACGAUUCUGGCAUAAAUAUUUGAUAAAUACUUUUUUUUUUUUUUACAGUUGGCUAUUACAGUUAGGUUAUGUUUAAUGUUUAAUAAAUGGGAAAACAAUUUUAUUUGAUUUUUCUGUUUUUAUUUUAUCAUUUUUUUUUUUUGUAUAAAAUGUAAGGAAAUCUUCCUCUGUAUAUUAUGUCCGAUCUAGAUUUAGUGUCAUGCAAGUGAACAAUCUUGACCUUUGAAAGUCAUCCUUUAGAAUUGCUGUCUCACACACACACA